AUGAUAAAAGUGAAGUACAACGACGAACUGCUCAGUGAUGAUCUGUCCGGGAAAUUGUUGCAGUUCGUAAAUUGUCGAGUUUUACGAGAUGGCACUAUCAAAGAUGGAUAUGUCUGGGUUAGAGUUUUGUCAUUUUGUUCGAACAAAAAAAACUUGGAAAUGGCUUGAAAAACUUGAAAACCCAGAGUGGAUUCAAAGACGAAUAGUGCGUGAAGAUAUUGGGAUCUUUAACGACUCGGUGUUGGGCUGUUGGCAAAGACGUUGCACAAUCUUUCUAGGAAAAGAGCACUGAUAGAAUAAUAAUGAGUUUCAUAAUAUCUUAGAUUAAAGCCACGAAAUUCUAGGUGUUGCGAAAAAUUUAAUUUUUUACCCUGCUCAAUGGAUUUUCAAGCCUUCUGUUGAUGAUAUUCAGUGUUUUGAGUUUUGAAACCGGAGUUUUGCAGGUGCGCGACGGCUUGAUUAUAAACGCGGCCAAUGUAUUUUUUGAUGAAACUAGAGAAGCCGACGUCCAGGUUUCGCGUGUUUUUAGGGUUCUCACGAAGUUUGAUUUCAAGAUUGAUUGCGAAGGAUUGAUUGUUUCGCCGGGUUUCAUCGACAUUCAAAUUAAUGGUAAGCUGUACUUCUAGAAGGUUUUUUUUCAAGUUUUAACUUCGUUGAAGGUGGGAAUCUCAAUUGAAAACUGAAAAAAAGGUACAGCUCUUUCAAUUUUUUUAUCAAAAUAUAUCUGACAAAAAAAGUAACUGAACAAACAGAAGUUACCCUAUUUAUUAUAUUUUUAAAGUUUGAUUUGGACCUAAACAGAAAUAUUCAAGGCGGCUUCGGUUUCGAUUUUUCGACCCCUCUGGACUCGCUGAACGCCUACGUGGCCGGCCUGGAUGACGUCGGUCGAAAGCUUCUGACUCACGGCGUCACAAGCUUCUGUCCCACGAUCAUCACCAGCGCUCCGGAAGUCUAUCACAAGGUUUUUCCGGGUUCUUUUGUUACUUCGCCUCAUUUUCUGAGGUUCCGGAAGAUUUAGAUUCUGUUUCCAUUCUUAGAUUUUAUUUUGAUUUUUUUCAAAAAUAAGAAUAAAAGUUUAUUUUUCGAUGAAUCAAUUGUUAUUUUGUAUGGUCUUUCCGGUCCACUCUCGGUAAGUUCAGCUAUCUUAAAAUUAAAAUAUUUUCUUGUCCUUUGUCAUUUCACUGUUACAUUGUUUCCCUUAUCACACUUCGCCACAAAUGUAUAUCAGUGGGUGACCGACUAGUCACUACUCUUUUCUGCGUCUUUUCGUUUCUUUUGUCUGCUAUUGCAAUAUUCGUACCUAAAUGGAAGCUUCACUUCAAUUUCAGUGAGUCUGAGUUGAUUGAAAACUGCUGUAUUCGAAAAAUUUUCGCUUUUUCAAGUUAAUGAAGCCAAACUUUUUGAGUCUGGAAAAAAAAAGCAGAAAAAUGGUUUUUUUUCUGUUUGUAAAGGCGUCUUUUCUUCAUCCAUUCGGCUUUCUUAGACAUUUGGAAGUUUUUGGCGCUUUUGAGGAUUGGUGACGCAUAGAAAUUGUGAAACACAAGAGACAAACAGCUCUACAAACAAUCGAACUGCAGGAAUUUAUGGAUUUGAUUUGAUCUUGAUUUCUUGCAGUUUUUCUUUCGAGAUUCGUUCUGUCACUUCUUGUGCGGUUCGAAUUUUGCGCGUGUCUCUCAUGAAAGCUUGUCUCAAUGUUUUUUUUUCCUUUGGACUUUCGUCUUCGGUUUCACUGUAGGGUUCACUUAAUCUUUGAUAUGUUAUACUUUCCUUUCAAAUCUAUUUUUUCCCUUGGAAAAUAUUUUUACUAUUAUAUCUUGUGGGAAGUUUCACGCCUUAGAUCACAAUGGGAAUUUUUGCUUUAUUAAAAACUGCAACUAAAUUUUCUCUCCAGAAAGAAGCUUUUCCUAGCACUUUUUUGUGUUUUGUUUAUAUAUAUUUUUUUUUCUGAUACGAAAUAUUAUGGAGAUGACGUUGCAAAAAAAAUUUCAAAGAACGUUUUUACAGCCACUCUUUUUUGCACUUUUUGAGAAUUCGCAAAGACUUUUUGGACUUUGUCCGACUAUAAAAAACGAUUUGAAUGUUUUGAAACGACCAAAUCGAUCGGCUUCCGUUCUUUUUUGUUGGUGAGAGGAAAGAGUGAGUUUGAAUGCGAGGGACUGUCGCGUCGAACCCAAAUCGGAGACCGACUCUCUCUUUUCUCCCAUUUUUCUCUCAUUUUCUUCGUCUCUCUCCCCGACCACUCUCUCCGUCACGUUCUGGACAUUCGAUGUCCGAUCCUAGUUUUUUUGCUUUUUUUAAAAAAAAAUAGCUUUGUUCGGCUUUUUUUUUAUCAUUCCUUGACUAAUCACAUAAAAACGCACCUCAUUUUUCCACAUUUUCCCACAGUCUCUAUAUUAUUCUUGAAAUACUACUUUCAAGCAAUUUUUGCUUCUCUUAGCUUUUUAUUUCUUCAUACGAACACUAAUCGCGUUUAAAUAAAUAUAAUUUUUUUUUUGGAAUGAUAUCUUUUUUUCCCUUUGUUGUUUUCCAUUCUAUUUUUUUCUUUUGCGAGUCCCUUUCUCAACAUUUUUUGUCACUCUCUAUCAGUACGGAAACUUUUAUUAGUUCAUUUCUCAGGACUUCAAUGCAUUUUUUAAAGAUCAUGUUGCGACUGCUUAUAGUUAUUAUUUUUCUUCGCACUUUUUUUGUAUGUUUUCUGCUCUUUUCGCUGUUUGUCCAAACUUUUUUUUUGCCAGAAAGAGAGAAAAAAAUUUCAUAAUUUUUAAUGAGAAAACUUUUCAAAUUCCUUUUAGUGACAAAAUUUCGGAAUACUCCUACUUUAAAAGGAAAGUAAAGAAGAUAUCCUUUUUGAAUUCCAGGUUCUCCCUCUGCUCUCACGACGUUCUGCAUCCAAAGUUCAUGGCGCCAACGUUCUUGGUAAAUUUUUUUCUCUAUUUUUUACAAGUUCAUCAUCAAAAGUUGUUUGCUCUAAAUUGUUUUAGGAGCUCACGUCGAAGGUCCUUUCAUUUCACCAGAAAAACGUGGAUGUCAUCCAGAACAGUUUGUUCGCAACUUUGGAUGGAAUCCACGGGCCGCUAUAAAUGAGGUUGGUUCUUUUUCUGUUUUCGCCUAUUUUUAUCUGUUUUUUUCCAGGUUUAUGGUGAUCUCAGCUCCAUCGCGAUGGUGACUAUGGCCCCGGAGCUCGAAUUCGCAGCAGAAGCCAUCAAGUUAGUUUUUUCAAGAGGAAAAGAGAUUGAACUUAAAUAAAUCUAGGCUUUGGAGGAACUUGAAAAACAUCGAAAAAAGGAGAGCAAAUUCCGAAGUUUGCUAUUUCGUUUUUAAUUCAGAAAAAUGGAACUUUCGUGAUUAAUGCAGUUUUGAGCUCAAAACUUUCAGAAAAAUGAAGUUUUAUUUCAAUAAAAAGGAGGUUAAAACUCGUGAAUUCAUUCGGUAUCACACCAGCAAAUGACCGUCAACGUCUAUUUGCGUGUUAUAAUUGUAAUUAAAUUCAUGUUUCGAGGUUAAUUUGGUUUUGUUUUUGUCUUUCACAUGUUAUUUUUCUAACAAAACACCUUUAGAAGCUUCAAGGAGGCCGGCGUGAUAGUAGCCGUCGGACACUCUUCGUCGCAUUUGGAGCACGGCGAAGCGGCUUUCGAGGCAGGGGCUGAGACUAUUACGCAUCUUUUCAAUGCGAUGCAGUCGGUUCGAAUCGAUGGACCUCUUUUGUGGAAAAUCUGGGAGUUUCCAGUAUCAUCAUCGAGAUCCGGGGCUCAUAGGCCUGCUGACGUCGGAGAAAGUCGCCAAAGAUCGACAGGUGUACUAUGGAAUCAUUUCCGACGGAAUCCACACUCACGACUCGGCUCUCCGCAUCGCUUUCAAGUACUGAGCUGGUUUAUAUUUCAAAUAUUCGAAGAUAUUUUAGCAAUAGUUAGGUUCUGUCGAAAUUUCUUUAUUUUUUUGUCUUCAUUUAGAAAUUGUCUAAAAAAAUUUUUUUCAUAUUUUGUUGUUCUUUAGAACUUGCCCAGACGGCCUGAUCCUGGUUACCGACGCGAUCGGCGCCCUCGGAAUGGCUGACGGCGUUCAUCAACUCGGCGCCCAAACCAUCCAUGUUAAUGGUCUUUCUGCCAUCCUCCAAGGAACUUCCACCACGGCUGGAAGGUUCUUUUCCCUUUUUCGAAAGUUUUCUCGUGUUUUCUAGCGACCUCGUCCUUGUUUUUUUUCUGUUUAUAUCAGGCACAAUCGUUUUGUGAAAAGUUUUAUGACGCUUUUUUUUCCUUUUGUUUAUGAUGUAAUCAUGCCUGGGACAAUCGCAGGCGUCACUUCUCGAAAUGAAAGUUUUGUAAGGAUUCGUAAUCAAAAAAUAGAGCCGUGAGAAUACAUUCAGUGUAAACAAGGUUCACAGAAAUGAAUCACCUCAGAACUGUUUCAAAAUUUAAAAAAAAAGCUUUUUUAUCAUGUAGAAGAUAAUAACGUCCAGAGGAAAAGUUUAUAUUUAAACAAAAAUCCAUUUUUCUUGCGUUUUAAGGGAAAAUUUACUUUACCUUAUUUAAUUUCUACAAUAUUAGUUUGAUAAUGCUUUUUUCAGCGUUGCAAGUAUGCCAAUGUGUAUUCGACAUUUCGUGAAGGCUGUUAAUUGUUCUUUGGGCGAAGCGUUGAUUUGUGCCACUCAGAGACCUGGUGAGAAACAUUUUCCGUUGGAAGUUAUAGUUUCUAGAGUUGGAAAGCAAAAAUAGACAGAUAGUUUGAAAGCAAGUCAUCAACUUAUAGACAAAAAAUUGGACAAAAAGUUAAAAAGAAUUUCGUCAAAAACUUUUUUCAUUCUGUUUUGAAAAGAACGAAGCUGCUUAUUUCCCCUGGAAGUUAAACGAUUCAAUUCGAAUCUCUAGCUUGAAAAAUAAGAAAAAAAAUUUUCUAGCAAUUUUGAUGAAAAUCGUCGACGAAAGGGGCACUCUGAACGUCGGAAGUGUGGCGGACCUGGUGAUCAUCGACGACGACGUCACCGUCAAGGCCACCUUCUGCAAAGGCGUCAAACUCCAUUCUGUUUGAAAUUGAUUUGUUUUUAGGAUGAAAAGAUUAUUUUAUUGAUUUUAUUUCCUGUCACUUCUUAUCGAUGUUCUAUUCAUAGAAACGAUUUCUCGCUUUAUCUAAAAAAACUUUCAUGUUAUUUAUCGUUUUCACCUUUUCUUCCCGUUUCUUGUGCAAUCAUUUCUAUUUUUCAUCCUGGCCCCAACUAACAAAAAUAACCAAAAAGUGAAUUUUUGAAAAUAGCUUAAAGCUCUUUUUUUUUCUUCUGAAACGUAUGUUCGAUAUUUUUGGAGAAUGUAUAAAUAUUUUUAAAUUUAUGUUUGGUCCUUGUUUCACGGCUCACUGGUUUUCUCCAGCUUUUAUCUUCCGAUUAUACGCCAAUUUUUUCUUAAACCCAUAGUUUACUCUAAUUGGGAGGAACGUGGUUAAUGAAUUUUCAUCGACUAUAAACCUGAAAAAAUGAAAGAAAACAUAGGGCCAAAAACUGGAGCUUCAAAAAUUUUUUGGUAGUUUUUCCGUUGCUUUGAGAAAACUUGAUGACGUCAAGAUUUUUUUUUCCGUAUCAUCUUUCCUGCAAUCGCUGUGCAUUUUUGUUGCCCUCAUAUCCAUAUCAAUAAUUUCACAAAUUCAGGCAGAUGGACGUCGGCGAGGACGACUUCGUCAACGCCUCGGCGAGGCCUUCUGUGAGAGACGUCGACGCUGAGUCGAUGAACGAUGGCCGGGCACUCGUUCCGCCGACGGCUCGCAGCGGUGACGUCAUCAGGUCGGCUGGAAGCACAUCUCUGGAGAGUUGAGAGAUGUUUUCAGUCCAACAAGAGCUGUUCUGACCUUAUCGAAAUCGAUGUUCAACGCCGGUUGCUUCUCACUUCCAUACGCCUGGAAACUCGGUGGUCUCUGGGUAAUUGGUGGACAAUCUCAAAAAAUUGAAACGAAUUUUUUUCAGGUGUCCUUCGUAAUGUCCUUCGUGAUAGCUGGACUUAAUUGGUACGGCAAUCACGUUCUUGUUCGCGCUAGCCAGCAUCUCGCCAAGAAAUCCGACAGAUCUGCCCUGGAUUACGGUCACUUUGCGAAGAAAGUCUGCGACUACAGUGACAUCCGAUUUCUUCGCAACAACAGCAAAGCCAUAAUGUUCGCGCUCAAAAUAUCAAAAUUUCAUGCAGUUUUUGAGAAUUUAGGUACGUCGUCAAUGUCACCAUCUUGUUCUAUCAACUUGGAAUGUGUAGCGUGGCAAUUCUUUUCAUUUCUGACAACAUGGUGAGUGGAAUCCGCGGAAAAAACUUCUGAAGAAUGAUUUUUUAAAGGUCAAUUUGCUGGGAGACCAGCUCAGUGGGACUCAACAUCAGAAGAUGGUCAUGAUGGCCACCGUCGCCUUGGUUUUCAUCAUCGCGACGAACAUGUUCACGGAGAUGCGGAUCGUCUCGUUUUUCGCCUUGGUUUCCUCCGUUUUCUUCGUCAUCGGCGCCGCUGUAAUCAUGCAAUAUACUGUUCAGUGAGUUUUUUUUUAAUCGAAACCAUUUUCAAAUUUUUCUGGUUGACUGAUACGAAAAGGGAAUAGAAUCUUAUGAAAAAGUUUUCGGUGAAACAGGGAGGUAAAAUAUUAUUUGAGCGGCAAAUAAUGCCAAUUUUUUUGAAGCUUUGUGAUGCUUUUUUUCCGUUCUAACAACGUUUAUUUAUUGAUAAUAAUAUAAUGAGAAGUUUUACAGAACAAGGAACUUUUUUUCGUUUCCAAACAUUUCUAGUUUUGGGCUUCAGCCUUGAAGAUAAAUAAAAGUUACUUAGUGAUUUCUAAGUUGAUACAAAACCGCUCAAAGUUAUUCUUUCCAGACAACCGAAUCAAUGGGCGCGUUUACCGGCUUCCACGAACUUCACAGGAACUUUAACAAUGAUUGGAAUGAGUAUGUACGCCUUCGAAGGCCAGACCAUGGUAAUUUUUGGUCUCCUCAAUAAUAAUUUGAUCAUUAAUCUAAAGCAGUCACUUAUGAUUAUUUUUUGAAUUAAAAAUAUUUUUAGAUUCUACCAAUCGAAAACAAGUUGGAGCAUCCGGAAGCUUUUCUCGCGCCUUUCGGCGUCCUUCCGACCACCAUGGUCAUUUGCACGGCUUUCAUGACGGCCCUCGGAUUCUUCGGCUACACUGGCUUCGGAGACGCCAUCGCGCCGACUAUCACCACGAAUGUUCCCAAGGAGGGGUACUGUACCCUCUUCACUCCAACACAUCCAUGCUUUUUAUAGGCUCUACUCGACUGUCAACGCUUUCCUCAUGAUCCAGUCUCUCCUUGGAAACUCGAUUGCGAUGUACGUCGUCUACGACAUGUUCUUCAACGGAUUCCGGAGGAAAUUCGGCGCCCGUUUCCCGAAUUGUCCCAAAUUUUUCUCCGAUAAGGUUUUUUUUUCUUGAAUUUGAAUAAAAAAUUGGCUUUGCCAGGGAUUCCGGUUAUUCUGGGUGUUGGUGACGUAUCUGAUGGCCGUGCUCAUUCCUCGGCUCGAGAUCAUGAUUCCUCUGGUCGGCGUGACCAGUGGAACGCUCUGCGCCUUGAUCUACCCCCCUGUCUUCGAGAUGAUCACCUUUUGGACCGACUGGAAGGUUUGUGUCGAAGUUGAUACAUUUGUUGGUUAGGAACUGACCUUUUAAGGAUACCAAAACGAUUCCAGGAAGACCUCUGAAUUGUCAGUCUUGAUUGAAAACACAUUUUGAACAAAAAUAAGAAAUAAGUUCUUCAGUUGGACGAUCGAAAUUUUGAAUGUUUCUAAUCAUAAAGUUCAAAUUUAAAGUUCUUUUCGUAAAACUUUUAAAUUAUAAGAAUCUGAGAAUUAAUUCUCUGAGAAUUAGUACAGAAUAAAAUCUGACCAGGAAAAAAAAGACGUUCCCUAGUGAAAUAGUAGAUUAAUAUUUUUAUACCGUAACUUGGGAACUAAGACACGCCUAGAGAAUGGCUCAACGCCUAACGGCUUGCUUCAAGACGUCAGAAAGCCUCUGAAGUGUUCUGAGUACGCGAUCACAAUAUCCGACGCUUUCAGUCUCUCCAAAUGCGACUAGGGCAUUUCAAGGCGCGAGGCCUCACGACUUGAAACUUCCUCGAGGAAUGGAUUGUAUUUGGAAGUUUUCAGGGUCUUCUGACCUACAGACAGCGGAUGACGAAAAUCGCCAUCAAUUUGGUCGUCAUUUCUAUUGGAAUUUUCGCCAUCAUCGCCGGAAUGUACGCCAAUAUACACUCCAUCAUCGAAGCGUUCAGUCAGCCCAUGCCUUGA